GGGGCUUGUACGGCUGGGAGGCUGCUGCUCUGUUGGGUGGAGGCUACAAACUUUUCCCUGUGACUGUCGCUGAAUCCGGACAGCGGGAGGCUGGAAUGCGAUACGGGAAUAUAGGCUGUACUUGGGAAUUUAAUUAGUGAGCUGUUUCAGACGAGCUCGACCCGUAGAGGAGCGCUGGUUUUGUGUUUUGAAGUUGUUUGGACACUUAUUAGCACAUUAGCUAACAACUCGUUAGCCGGUUAGCUCGUAAAGCCACGCAGGGGAAGCGAGGAACGCCUCAGGAUAUCCCGGACCAAUGCAGGCCAUAAAGUGCGUCGUUGUCGGGGACGGGGCUGUUGGUAAAACAUGCCUGCUGAUCAGCUAUACCACCAAUGCAUUCCCUGGAGAGUAUAUCCCCACAGUAUUUGAUAAUUACUCUGCCAACGUGAUGGUGGAUGGUAAACCAGUCAACCUGGGGCUAUGGGAUACAGCAGGACAGGAGGAUUACGACAGGCUCCGCCCUCUCUCCUACCCCCAGACAGAUGUCUUUCUCAUCUGCUUCUCCCUUGUGAGUCCUGCCUCCUUUGAAAACGUUCGAGCAAAGUGGUACCCUGAAGUAAGACACCACUGCCCCAACACUCCAAUAAUCCUGGUGGGAACCAAGCUUGAUCUGAGAGAUGACAAGGACACUAUUGAGAAGCUCAAGGAGAAGAAGCUCACUCCCAUCACCUACCCUCAGGGCCUGGCUAUGGCUAAAGAGAUUGGAGCUGUCAAGUACCUGGAAUGCUCGGCUCUGACGCAGCGCGGCCUUAAGACAGUGUUUGAUGAGGCCAUCAGAGCCGUCCUCUGCCCUCCCCCUGUUAAGAACAGACGGAGGAAGUGCUCCCUGCUGUAGACGCACAGCGAGACCCGUCAGCUGAGCUGCGUUUUGUGGGAGAGGAAUGAAACGGCGUUUGUUCAGAGCUCCCUCUCCUUCGUGACGACCAGUACAAGUUUUUAUCUUCACAAAACUGAUAAUCUCUAGAUGUAGGAAUGGAACAGAUUGACCUCCAAUCCAUCUUCCCUUAGACAGACAUAUGCACAUGCAUAUAUGAAUAUUAGAAUUCCUGAGGCCUUUUGAACACAGAUUUUUAACAUUUUUGAGAAGUUUUCUUAUACUUGGUUCACUUCUUUUAAUAGCCCAUGUGGUUUGUUUACAGUCUUUGUUGGAAUGGAAUGAAGGUCUUGCCAAAUAGCACUACAGUACCGAGAAGUUGCAUUGCAAACACUACACCUGCAUUUUCUUCUGACUUGAAAAAUGUGUGAACAAUAAGCAGUGAAUAGAUAGGCAAGAUAGAUUAACCUGUGUUUUAGUAAUGUUCUUUAAAUGUUAGUCAGUGUAGUUGUCAUCUAAAAAAAUCUGGUUGUGGUAUUGGAAAGAGAUCGCUGGCAAUGUAUUUGUAUUACUCCAUGAUUAAGUUACUAACACUAUCGUCUGACUUCAUACUGUAAAAUACUUUAGACCUGAAGGACCUGCAGACGUAGCUUCAGUGUUGUUCCAAUGCUUCCGAUGAAGCGCACACAUACCUCCCAAUUAGGCUACAGCUCGUUUCUGAUUGUUGGGUCCAAACUAAUCCUCUCCAGUACCUACAACCCAGCCUGUAUACCUUCUCUGACUACAUAGAAGCAAACCGCAGUCUGAAAGAUUGUAUACAGGGUGAGUCGAAAGUCUUAGGACAUCGUUUUAUUUGAUUUUUUAUGCUGUCAAGCCUCCGAUGCUGAAGGUGGUGUGUGUUGCGGAUUUUCUCAGCGUGCGCAAUUUGUUCGAGAUGACCCCAGAACUAAAAGUUGAUGAAAUAAAAAAUGAAACACAACCUGUCCUGUGACUUUUGACUCACCCUGUACUUUAGUGUGGGACUUGAUGCAAGUAGGGCUACCAGCAUCCUAUAUUGGUUUCGAGGCAUUUAGAGUAAUCCUUAAAGACAGUUGUAAAAAUAUUUUAAAAGGUGUUUUUAAUGGCACAUUUUAGCAAUUUUUUAAGUGUCCAAAAAUGAAAAGGCAAGACUACUGUGGAAACGUGUGCUACGUGGCAGAUUUAUGUGAAGUCGCUUUCUUUUCUUUUAGGCAUCUUACUCCCACCACAGUCACAUUUUCUAAUUAAAGUUUUUACUUUGCACUCUAACAUUUAACUGUUAACGUAAUCUGCAUAGUUAUCGCUUUUCUAAGAGCAUGAAAAUCUCAUGUAGUGACAUUUUAAGGCUUGUUUUGCAUACGUCCUUGAACCACUGUCCCAAUUUCACGUAUAGAAAUGUGCGUUUGCCAUUGUGUAAGUUUUGUCUGCACAGUUAUAGCCAACGCUGUAACGCUGUUAGGGCUAAUCCUAAUCACUUGUUAUACAAACAUGGUAAGAGAAAUAAAUCAUAAUUAAAUGUGACUUCA